GUUAUAUGUCACCUGCAAAUAACCCGGGCGUUCGAAAAAAGCAAACCACCACCACCAAAAUCCACACCAAUACCAGGUCCUCUCCACACACAAAAGUCCUUCAAAAUGAGCCUGGAAGCUUGGCUCCCGCAGCCCACCUUGUUCCUCACUGGCCUCAGCUUGCUCCUCUUGCUGGAGCCUGGCCCCUUUCCUGCCCUGCUUGCAGACGGAGUGGAUUAGCCAGCGGAGCAGCCUUGACAUGCAUUCAGCUUGGCCACGGGGCUCGACUCAGGAGCACCUCAGGAAGGAGGUUUGAGAGCAAAGAGCAGCAGCCAAAGGGGAGAGCACCCACGGGAUUGGGCAUGGAGGUCAUGGCUCCCGCGACCAUCAAUGCCUUGAAUGGCUCCUCUGUGAAGCUCUCCUGCACCUUCAACUCCUGCUACAAGGUGGAGAACAAGCAGUUCUCCCUCAACUGGACAUACCAGGAGUGCAGGAACUGCUCUGAGGAGCUGUUUCUGCAGUUCCGGAUGAAGAUCAUGAACAAGCAGCUGGACCGCUUUGGGAACCGGGUGGAGUUCACCGGGAACCCCACCAAGUAUGACGUGUCCUUCACCCUCAAAAACGUGCAGCUGGAGGACGAGGGCACCUACAAUUGCUAUGUCCUGAACCCCCCGGACCGGCACCGGGGCCAUGCCAGCAUCAGCCUGAAGGUGCUCACCAAAGAGCCCCCGAAGCAUGACUCAACAGUGGCUGUCAUCGUGGGCGCCUCUGUAGGUGGCUUCUUGGCCGUGGUCAUCCUGGUGCUGAUGGUGGUGAAAUGCGUGCGCCGGAAAAAGCAGCAGAGGCUGAACACGGACGACCAGAAGACGGAGGAGGAAGGGAAGACAGACGGCGAAGGCAACCCGGACGAGGGCACCAAGUAACACCUCCCCGCCCGCCCCUCCCUCUUCACCCCUGUACAGCGUGACCCCCUCGAUGUGCUUCCCAGAGCAAGGAUUUCUGUCUCCCCCGAGCAUCCCUCCCUCCAUCUACCUACCCCACCCAGCCUGGAGCAGGGCGCGGAGAGAAGGUGGUCCCCGGAGGCUGGCCGCAGCGGGCAGGGCUGCAGAGGGUGGCUGAAGCGCAGCCAGGCUCCCCCUGAGGCUGAGCUGGGACCGCCUUGUCCCCCCGCUCCCGCCAGGCACACUCUGCGUGCUGGAGCACUGCGUGGGGCCGUGGGGAGGUGUUGGGGACAGGGUGGUGCGGGAGAGGGGUGGAAGAGCGCGGUCCCCACACGCGGCGGGGCCGGAGCCAGGGGUGCCAGGAGGGGCAGAGAGAGGGCCGGGCAGCCCCAUGCCCAGAUGUCUGCGCCCUGUCCCGCUAGAAAAAGAGCAGGGGCCAACGGCAAGCAGCCGUCUGCCUUCGGGGCCACGUCUCACCCCCCGAGGCGCUCCUGCUGUGCCCAGGGCACGGGCACCGCGUACUCGUCCCCGAGGGAUCCCCGCUAGCUGCCCGUCUCCUCCUUGCAAGUCCUGUGUGCCAGUGUUGAGGGUGCUGUGACAAGAAGCUCGUGCUCCUCGGGGACUGUCCCAGCCUGCUCAGAAGCCGAUGGCUGGGUAAUGACCAUCAGCCCACAUGUCGGCUCUGAGCUUUGCUGGUUUUUGGAGCCGCUAAUGGCUCCUGGUGUGUAACGGAUGUACCCGCCUGCCUGUUGGGCUAUUUUUGGGCCUGAGCAUCUCAGCCAAAGGUGCCGGGCUGACUUUUUUGUGCUCAUUUCCUUCUUGGGGAGGGUAAUUCUAAUGGAAAAUGUUCCGCUGAUGUGCCAAACCAAGGUGGUGGGGAGUGGCGGGGUGCGGCUGCUAGGGUCGAAGAGCUGCUGGGAGGAAGAGGAGUUUUUGGGCGCUUGCUGGGAAGGACUGGGCACAACCGGGGGCCCAGAGACAGGACAGCUCUGUAACCCCGAAGCAACUCUGUGAUGCUGAGACUGCCUCCUCCAGCCUCCCUUGCAGAGCGCUGCACAAUCCGUAACUGCCACGGCAAUGCACUGCCAGGCCGCCCAGCCGCCGGCCCCGCAGUGCCGGCUGCCGCCUGCCUCAGCCCCGUCCACGGUCCAGCGCCUGCCCUGCUUGCGGCAGCUCCCUCAGCGCUCCCCGGGAGCUGCCCUGCCUGCUCUGCAGUUCGUUAUAAGCAGUGGCCCCAGGCAGCUCGGGGGGCGAGCGAGCGGUGAUCCCGGCUGGUCCCACCCCGUUGCGGUGCAGGGGGACGUGGCGAGCCCCAGGGUUGGGAACCGGCGGUCCUGCCUGCCUCGGGCUCGCCGCCUGGCCUUGGGCAAGCCCCUUGCCUCCUGCGUCGGACCCGGCAGGUGAGCUGUGCUGGCUGGAGUGCGCGAGGAGCUCGCCCUGGGGGCCUCUCGCGGGUCAGACAAGGAAAAUGACCCUGGGAAGUGUCCCCUGCCGCACCGUGCCCGGGCUUUUCUUCUCCCACGGCAGGUGGGACACGGGGCAGGAGAGGGCCAGUGCACGGAACCCCAGGGGACGCUGCCUACGGCCCGGUGACGGAGGUCCCCUGUCACCCAUGAGCAGCACUGUCAGGGGAGAAGGGAGACCUUCGACGCACCACCUGCCGCCCAGCGCUGCCGUGUCCCCGUGCGGGUGCCACGCCGGCAGCGCCGCAGGCAAUGCUGUCAGGCCCCGGGGAUGAAGGGACGGCCGUGCGCUCCCUGCUCUGCCCCCAUCGCUUUCUGCCCUGGUCCCGCGUGCCCUCUCCACCCUGCUCGACCUUGCUGGGCUCCGCGCCGCUCCCCUUCCCAUCUGCAGCAGGAAUGCGCCUUGUCUUGCCGUGUGGCUUCCCCCUCUCCCGGCGGCUUUCCUGCCCGGGGAGGGCUGGGCUGAGGCUGCCUGCCCCUGCGCACCCCCACGCCCAUGCCAGAUGGCUUUCCCCGUACAGUGCCGGUGGGGAGCCGGCCGCGAGGCUGGUUCCCCGGGCCCGCCUGCUGCUCAAAGCUGGGCUGCGUGCAGCUCCACGCGGGACUGAGCUGGCAACGUUGCGGCCAAAGGCCUCUGACUGUUGCACAUGACCGGUCUUGCAUCUGCCUUUCAUUUCUUUCAUGCACUAUCCGUGGAUUGCAACUUGCCAAUGCAUCUGUAUGUACAUAGCUGUACACAACAGAGAGAAUCUCUACAAAUAUAUAUAUAUACACAGGAGGCGCUGGUAUCGGUCAUGACUAUAGUUUUGGGUUUGCGCCUUCUGAUGGGUUUCUUUUGCCAAACACUCUGCUGAGUGUAGGAUGUUUUUAUUGCUCUUUGUACAGUUAAACAAACAAAAGAACAACAAAACACAA